AUGUCAAGGCUCGCGAUGUCCUUCUACAGGGCAAUGUCGCGCACCGUGCUUCGAGGAAUGGCCGUGGAGAGGGCGGUGGUGCCGUGGUACCACCAGGAGCAAACCCUCAGCCCCUGGCAGGCCUUCGUCAAGAGCACCAUCUACCCUGUUUGGUUCAAGUACGUGAAGGGACCCUACGAGCGAUACCAGUACGAGCACCUGAUCGCGGAGCUUCGCGGAUACGGCCUCAUGCAGCCCUCCGGCAGAAAAGGCGUCGCGUGGGCGCAUGUGCAUUUGCAGCUGAAGCUCCAUCUUCGCUUCCUUAAGUUGGCAUCGGAGCUGCGAUCCAGGGCGAACUGCGCAGUGCCGAGUGGAAUGGCUGCCCCUCGGCUGAGGCCUCCACCACGCGACGAGCCGGAUGAUAUCUUUGACUUCAUCGAUAUGCCCGGCAACAACUCCGAGGAUCCUCGAGCAGAUGGGGCCGGACACGCUGUCUUCGAGAACGGCAUGAGCGGUGCUCCAAGAGUAGAUCUUCGUGAACCCGGCUCAUACGGCUGGACGCCUUCCAGACCUUUCCCUUCAGCGUUUCCUGGCUUUCCGAAUUUUCCUGCCACAACUGCGCCACACAACAUAGGAGCCAGAGCACAAGGCUUCUCUGGCGGACAGUUUGGCGAAGGACCUCUUUGGAUGUGCAGGGCGUGUCAGAGCGAUGACUGCCGUUGGGAUAGAACGAGGGAUAGCUGGUUCUGUGUGCGCUGUGGCUCUGAUCAGAUUUAUGACACCUCGCAGCCCGCUGUGGAGGAGACACGCCACGGCACAUGGACCUACCAGCCCCGCGACAGGAACUCCUCUGCUUCUACGUCGCCGCGCUCGUCACCUUCAUCGGCUUCUACCUGGACAAGGCCUGGCCCGAGAAUGUCACGGACAGCCAGGUUGGGGCCACCAGGGCUACCAGGCGGCGAAGGCUUCGACUUUGAGGCGCGCGAGGCUGCAGAGAGUGAGACCUUGACUUUAGAUCCCUGCGUGACGCCAAGCGAAACCAGUGAGCAGCCGGGCAGAUUGAGCCGGAGACAACGCAGGGCGAAGAAGCAAGCAACGGCAAAGGAGAGCUGCAAGGGCGAGAAGACCGAGGAUGGUGAACUCGACGACUUGCAGGACACUGCCAAGCAGCUUCGCAAGCUCCUCAACAAGUCCAAGAGCGACUCCGACCAGGCUUCAUGGUCCUCACUUAAAGGACCUGAACGUGGGGUUCGAUGGCGCGGAGGCACCCCGCCUGCUCCACCGAAAUGGCAAUACAGCAAAGAUGACUUAAGGGCCUUCUCCAAGUUCGAGCGCAAGGUGGGCAUCUGGCAGCUCCAGGUGAAGCCUUACAUGUCCGAAGCCGAAGCCGCCCUGUCACUUUACUGCAGUUUGAGCGGGGAGGCUGAAGAAGAGCUCGAGCACAUCGACCUCGCCAAGCUUUAUGCCAAGGACGGGAUUGCGUUCUUGUUGGAGCAGCUCCGAGGACCUUUGCAAGCCAAGCAGGUCUACCUUAAGCGAAAGUUCCUAGCAGAUUUCGAAACGGUCAGCAGGCACAAUGGCGAAGGCAUGAGAUCGUAUGUGAACAGGUACCACCGUGCUGAAAAGGCGCUGCUUAGCAUAGGUAUCAACGUGACCCUGACCUAUGACUCAGAGAGCCGUGGCAGCAGAUUGCUCGACAGGGCAAAGUUGACCUUGGAGCAGCAGAGAAUGGUUCUAGUAGGCACGAACCAGUCUUUACACUUCGACGAGAUCAAGAAUGCUCUCGUGCUGCAGUACCCGGACCACAAACCUCCGCCAUAUGUGCAGGGACCCCCUGCAAAAGAUCAGCAACAGAACCCUCGAGCUUUUCCAAAAGGCAAGGGCAAGGGCUACAAAGGCGCAUGGUCAUCGUCGACCUCGGCGCCUACUACAUCUUCGUCUUCAUCGGCUGCCGGUUCUGCGAGGCGAGUGUGGGUUGCUGAAGCAGAGAGCGGCCCAGCAGACGAGGACAGUGAGUUCCUCGACGGUGCGAUCCAGGAGCUCAUGCAGGUUCUGACCGUUACUUCAAAGAAGCUACAAAGUAUGACCCAGGGUCGGAAGUACAGAGGCGCUCCACGCAAAAGCGUGGAAGAGCGCAAGCGCUCUUCGUCGUGCUCGGCUUGCGGCCAAAUCGGUCACUGGGCUGGGGACUCGGAAUGCGCCGUGAGUGCCAAGGGCAAGCCCAAAGGCGAUGCCGGUAAAGGCAGCAAGAGCAACACCACAAGCGUGAAUGACAAGAAGGGCGGCGCUGGGACACAAAAGGUCUUUUCUGUUCGGCACGCAGGGGGACAUGAAGUUCUGUAUGCGUUUGAUCCUCAACAGCAAUGCCCGCAAGGUCCAGACGAUCAUCCCGGCCAGGUGCACCGCUCCCUUGUCGUGUUCCAGAGUGCAGCGUUCGAGUGCAUGACAAGUGCUAGCGAGAUGCAGGGAUAUUGUGUGGUGGACACGGCAUGCCAGCGAUCGUGUUGCAGUCGGAAGUGGUUUGACAAUCAACAAGCACUGCUACAAAGCUUUGGCCUGGAGGCAAUGUUCACCAGACGAUGCGAGGCCUUUCAGUUCGGAGCAGGGGCCCCACAGCGAUCGAGCACUUGCGUGUACUUUCCCGUCGCUUUUGAAGCCAGUCAUCCUUUGAUUGCCUUGGGCGCUUCGAUCCUGAAUGACCUCGAAAUACCUUUUCUCGCCAGCCUUAGCCUCCUUGAAAAGCUCAAUGUUGUGCUCGAUUUGUGCAACCGCAAGGCCUAUAUCGGACUUCUUGACUGCACGGUCGACCUCUUCCUGGUCCAAGGCCACUUGUGUCUCAAGAACUCAGAGUACCCAGCCGAUGUGCAGUUCGUUUGGGAAGAGCAGGACACGCAUGACUGUGAGUUUUUGUGUGAUUCUAGCAAGUGCUUUGUCAGCAAGCUUUCAAAAGACAACCAUGAAGAGUCAGCAGCUCGAGAGAGAGCCCUGAACCUUGUUCAAAAUGUUGGCAACUCCCCCGGCAUGGCUUGUGAGUUGGCGUCGCAUGGUCAAGGGACUUCGGCAGAUGACGGUGCUAGCCGUGUCUACGGCUCUUCGUGCAACAAGACUUGGGCUGGGAAAGCAAGUCCAGGGAAGCCUCGACGUUGGCACGGGAAAGGACACGGCCACCAAGAAGAAGCCGAAGCAGGUGCUAACGAUUGCCCCCACGCACUGCCAGCACUUGAACAUGAAGCGCCACGGCAACGCACAGGGCCGCUUCACAACGUGCGAGGACUGCCUAUGUCGAUGGAAGUGGGGCGUCGGCGCAGAUGGUGCAACCCCUGGGUGGCUUUAUCAUCCGUCAUCCAAAUCGCAUGCGCUUCCCUUGCCUUCGGCCGACACGGUCCUGGAUCACUCGUGGACUCCGGGAACAGCGUCGUCCCCAACGACUUUCGGGGCGUCAGCGAAGACGAGGGCGCAGCCGAUUUUGGCGACUUCAGCCUCCGGGUACCAUGGAACGCUGGCCGCGACCACAGUGAUCCACGACAGCGACAGCGAGGAGACCCAGGACUACGACUGGGACCUGGUGCUGAACCCUUGAUCAGUGGCAGUGGUCCAGCGCCGCUGAAGAAGGGCCAGUGGAAGAGGGCGAUGCACAAUGCUGACAAGUCGCUCCAGCUCUUGAGCGGCGAAGUGGAGAUGUAUAACCAAUGGCCUGGCGAUCUCCACCUAGGUCAUAGAGCAGAUCUCUUGGAAGUGUUUUGGGACGGCGCUGCUGCAACAAGUUGCUUCAACUAUAGUCUAGCUUCACGGGCUGAGACUUUUGGGCUUUCCUUUGUGAACCUCCAGGGCCUUGAGCUAGACAAGUCUUCGGAACUCUUGCUGCAGAUCGUCCUUCAAAUCAAACCUCGUGUGCUGUUCGUGCACAGAGCAGCCAACCAGCCUGUGCAAGUCAAAAUUGCUGUGCAGAAGUGCUGCGAGCUACAGGUGCAUCACGAGGGCAAGUUCAUAGUCGACUUCAGCUCGGACUUUCAUGAAGAUGCCUCCGGUGUCUUGUUGAAGAUUCAAGAGCUUCAUGACGUGUGUGAGGUGAGCUUUGCAGACAAUCAGUACAACGAGGCCGGCAAGCGCUCCUUUGUGACCAAUUGUCGGUGCCUUCUGCAAGCUCACGAGACAGGCGACAUAGCAGAAACCAUGCUGUGCUGCAUUCAGAAUGAAGUUCGCAUGCUUUGCCCUUGGAAGUUCGAUGAGCAUGUUCAUGAAGUGUGGUAUGCGCCUCCCGUAGAUGCCCCUGAAGAGUGGUUGAGCCUCCUCGAAAGCCUGGAGAAGCGCCUCGGCAAAAGCAGGUACUUUUAUCUCAGCGAUGACUCCAAGGAGAUGCAGCAGCUCAGGCAACUCGUUCCUUGGGAGCUGACAAGGGCACAGGUGUAUGCGCAACCAGUCACUCGAAGGAUGCCAGCAGACGUUCCUUUCACUCAUAGGGGAGCAGCGAUGAUCCUGAACAACGGCCAACUUUCCAUCGAGUCAGAAGACCUUAACGAAGUUCGGCAGCCACGCCUUCGCUUUGAAACCCCUGUCCGGACCGCCGUGUUCUUCUACGGGAUUGCCGAGGACGAUAAAGCCCAACAGACCGCCAAGGGUGACACUCCCGACGUGCAUGUGCCUGGGUUGCGUACGGAUAUAAGUUUCCCUGAGAUGCCCGACUCCAUCCCGAAAGAGGUGCGCUCUGCAGUGGCCCGGUUGCACAUCAACGCAGGCCAUCCACCUCGACAAGAGUUGGUGAGACUGCUGGCGGCGCACGGUUCAAUAAAUGCAGCUGUGCUAACUGCGUUGGAGCACCUGAAAUGCGGUACUUGUGAGAGGGCACGCGUGCCGCUCAAGCCACGGCCUGCUUCAGUUCCUGAGUUCGUGGGUCAGUUUGCUGAGCAACUGCAGGCCGACCUGUUCUAUGUGCGGGACCUGUCCUCGACCAAUCAUGCGCUGCUUGGGGUGACAUGUCUUGCUACAAAGCUGUACCAGGCCGCAAUCUUGGAAUCUCGGGAUCCACAAGUUGUUCUGAAUGAGUUUGACCGACUGUGGCUUCGACCAUAUGGCUAUCCUCUCUUCAUGUCCGUUGAUGCCGACGGCGCCUUUGAAGGAGUUUUUCAACAACAUCUCCAAGAAAGCGGGGUGCUGAUGAACACAGUGCCGGCCGACGGGCAUCACCAAAUCGGUGCCAUCGAGAGAAGGAACGCCAUAUUUAGAUCGGUCUUGGAGAGGCUCAUUGAUCAAAAUGGUGUCGUGAACCGGGACCAGAUGGAGAUGUGCAUAAGUGCAGCCAUUUGGGCGGUGAACACCAGCAUACACACACGCGGCCGGAGCAGCAUGCAAGCAGUCUUUGGCAAGCUUCCCAGGUUUCCGGGUGAUCUUCUUUCAGAUUCUGCAGCCCUUGCAACUUCAGAUUACCACCUCCUUGCUGAACAACUUCGUUCACAAGCGUGUCAAGUUGUCUCGGAAAUGGCUGCAUCUUCAGUCAUACGACGGGCUCUACUGCGCAAAACGGCGACCUCCAGGGCAAGGGUCAAUGAGCUUUUACCUGGGUCAAUGGUGGCCUACUGGCGGUGGAACCUGAAGGCGCGCGGCAGGAAGCGAGGCGGUUACAUCCUGGGGCGCCUGGUCGUGAAGGACGAUAAGAACGCUUGGGUUCAGAGUGGAGGAUCGCUUGUGCAGGUGACGCACGAGCAGCUCAGACCAGCAAUUGGCGUCGAGAUGUGGACUCCCAGCCCUACGGAUGUCAAGAUGCUGAAGGACGCAGGCAAACUACUUCGAGCCGGUCUCUGGGAUGAUGGCCGACAAGCUGGACCUCCUCUUGACGAACCUCUUGAGCCUGUUGUACAUGCUCCCCAAGAACCAGUUUCUGAAGCUCAAAAUGAACAACAGGAGCUAGGGCAGUAUCAACUACCACCUGGACGGCAACAGACGCUGCAGGAACCUGACCCACAACAAGUUUCGCAACAGGCAGAUGCUUUGGCACUUCCUAUUGCUGGCCGGCAAGCUGAACCUCAAGCAGAUGAGACAGCAACCGGCGCCAAUGUUCAAAUCUUUUCUCCUCGCUAUCAGCAGCAAAACAUUUGGCAGCUUGGCGAGGAACAACAAGCCAGACCAGGAGCUAAAGCGCGCUCCAGGUCAAGGGGUCAGUCUACAGCUUUGCCUUUGACUCCAAAACAACGUCAGAUACAACCGCCUACUCCAAAUCAACCAUCAACGCCACGGUUACCCGCAACACCACGACGGCGUGCAGCAGUCAAAAGACUCCUGGAUCAAGCGCCAGAAGAGCCGGCAACCAAGACACCAACACCUUCAACACCACCAGCGCAGGAACCUCACCGACUACCGCCAGUUCCGUCACCGCUUCCUCACACACCGGUACCUUCGGAGUUUCCUUUCUCUCCUGAGUUUCCCUUUUCAGCUGAAGCAACGGGAUCCGCGGAAUUCGAGGUCUCUCAUGAUGACAGACCGACUUCGGUGCCUACCACUUUGGAGGCUCCUACAGUUGAAAAUCAACCUGAGACGGCAGGCGAUGGCGCUGCCGAGAGCAUGCAAGCCACGAGCACCGAGGAAGGACCUCUUCCUCAAGUUCCGGCUAAAAGACCACAUGACGCACUACCAGCAAGCAAGCUCCACAACAAGAAGAACAAGGACUACCGCGCGACACUCCUUACUAACUUCAUCCUCGACAACCUCUUCGAGAUCUACGGUCCAGACCACAGCUGGGACGGAUCUCCUGAGUACAAAGAUGGGCCUCCUUGCUUGGCCUUUCGAUGUUCAGCAGCAAAGCUCGAGGAAGUGGAAGUGUCUUCUGAUUCUUCAGACGACGAAGAGGGAGGACGCGCUACUACCUUGUCCAGGCAGGAGCGCAAGGCCAUCGACAGGGAGAUACCUUGGAGGAGAAUCAUAGCCGACUUCCCCUCCAACGUGGUCGAUCUCUACGUGCAAGCCAACAAGAAGGAGUUCACUUCGUGGACUUCUUGGAAGUCGAUAAGGCCAGUUCCCCCUGACGAGGCUCAGCGGAUACGGGCAGACCCGGUGCUUAGGCGCCGCAUCAUGCCAUCGCGCAAUGCCUACCGCGACAAGAACAGGGGCGCUGGUCCAGACAUCAAGGCAAAAUGCCGUACAGUCAUUCAGGGCUGUCAUGAUCCGGACCUUGGCUUGCUGGACAGAUCCAGUCCAACGCCAACGCGAUUGGCUGAGUUCCUGAUCUACGAGAUCGCUUGCGCAGGCUACAACAGGAGACUGCAACGCAACCGAAAAUCCUGGAAACUUUGGUCAGGCGAUGUGUCGACGGCCUUCUUGCAAGGUCAGCCUCAGGCCCGAGACUUGCCGAUCUUCAUGAGGCCGCCUCGAGAUGAUAUUCAACGAAUGGCUCAGACCUUCUUGCGCGACCUCUACGAGGUUGUGGGAAACCUUUACGGCUUGUGCAACGCGCCGAGGACAUGGAUCAACCAUAUCGUGUCCAAACUCGUCAAAGCCAACUUCAAGAGGCAUCGCCUGGACCACACCGUGUACUACAAGCUCGACGACGCAGGUGACCUUUUGGUCAUCUUACUGUUCCACGUAGACGACUUCUUGGUCGCCUUUCGCCAGGACUACCAGUUCGACGAGCUGCUGAACAUGUUCACAUGGGGUCAGACCAAUUUGCUUGACGAUGGAGAGUUUGUCUUCAAGGGCAAGGAGGUCAAGCUCAUCCAGGAGAAGGGCGAGUUCCGGAUCAAGGUCACUCAGAAGGCCUUCAUCAACGAGCUUGAGCAAGGCAAGCUACCUCGUGGACGUGCAGACCAAGGUGACACCCUAACCAACGAAGAGUUCAAGGAGUACAGAAGCUGCGCAGGAAGUCUACAGUGGCUGGGCGGCACAACCAGACCAGACAUCUCCGCGACAGUUUCUUUGAGCAACCUUGGUCAGGAAAAUGGACCGCAGCAGCUCAAAAUGCUGUACGAAUGCAUCGACUACCUCAAAACCACCGCCGAGGAAGGACUCACCUUUUAUGGUGUAAGCCUCAACUACGCGACCACGGUCAUUGGCUACGGCGACUCCAGCUGGGCAAACGCUCCCGGUGGAAAGAGCCAGAUGGGAGUGUUAGUUCUCCUCGCAGGCCCUGAGUGCAAGGAUACCAUCACCCGCGCCACGCUUGUUGAUUGGAAAAGCUCGAGGAGCCCUAGGGUGACAAGGUCAACUCUUGCGUCCGAGGCGAAUGCUAUGGACGAGUGCGUCGAUAGGUGCACGUUCUGCAACUCCUUCCUUUCUGAGCUCCUGGGUGGCUUCAAGGUUACGCCUGAGCAGCUCAAAACUACAGGAAUGCUUCCUCAGUUGCAGAUCACAGACUGUAAAAGUCUGUACGAUGCCGUGAUCUCCGAUAACCCCUCGACGUCCGAGAAACGGACAACAAUAUCGAUUCGUUCGAUACAGGACUACAUCAGUCCCGAACAGGUACACUGGGUGCCAACUGACUUGAUGCAUGCUGAUGUUCUAACCAAGCACUCCACUACCCUUAGGGACAAUUUCAUCAAGUGGUUGCGCAACCCCACAGUACAGUUGAAGGAGUUGGUCCACCGAAAAGAAAAAGACAUCAGUGUGAAUGUUCAGCUUAACUGUGCUUGCAUUCGGUGA